GUAUGCGAACACUGAGGGAGGAGUAGGCCUAGUUCAUCUUAAAACCGCGAAUUGGUUCAAGAUUAGCUGGUGUGCAGCCAGACGGGGCGGGGCUAGAAGAUCACGUGAUCCACUGUUGCAAAUCCUCUAAUUGGAUCCGGGAUGAACGGAGUGGCGGUGAGAGGAUUGCUGGCGGCGGCGCAGCUUGGUUUAGAUUCACAUUCAGAUUCUAAACCUAUGGAUCUUAGUUCAGCUGGGUGUAUGGGGGAUCUAUCAGGUGUAGCCCAACUACUAUCCCGGAAUAUUUACGGUUUACCUAGACAAGGGCUGCAGGACCAUCCACUUAUAAAUGCCAGCCGUUUAGCUGAACUAGUUCGACAGCAGCAUAGAGAAAGUGAAGAGAGAGAAAGAGGAGAAGGAAGAGGAGAUUGGGAGCAAAGAAGAACUACCGGAGCCAGAGACUGGAACCAGGAGAAUACAGAGAAGAACCAGGAGAACAAGGAGGAGUACCUACUCCAGGAGGAGGAGGAAGAGGACUCCAGACCUCUGGAUCUGAUCAAGGUCAAGGUGUCGGAACGAAGAGAGAGCUCCGAUAGCUCCGGAGUUCGGAGGAAAAGCUGGAGUCCUGGUUCUCCGGCAGGUUCAACAUCAGGCAGUGAGUCUGGGAACAGGGAGGUCAAACGUCGUCGGUUAGACGAACUUCUCACCAAGAAAUUUGAUAGAAUAGGAUCCAGAGAGGGUUCUUCUCAUCCCUCAUCUUCUCCGUCAUCCUCCACUUCUCCGUCCUUCCACACAAUAUCCUCCGAUCCUCUAACCAACUCACAAAUGGAGAGAAGAAAGUCGCCGGAAACUUCUCCGAAGGUUCAUCGGAGGAAGCAGACUCGACCCUCCAAUCCUAAUUCUCCGCAGUCUCAAACUAAACCAGAUUCUCCGUUCUUCUCUCUGCCCCGACUUUUCUCUCCCGACUCUUCUCCUCCGUCCCUCUCUAUCCGUCCUAACUCAGACCUUUUCCCCCCGAUGGCAACCUCUUCUCCAAACAAGAUGCCACGCCUGUCUUCACCAGUAAGGCGGGAUGUCACACCUCCUACUACUCCUCCCCCAAUCCGUCCUGUGAGUCCCGACAAGCUAGAUGAGAAUGAUAACAAUGAACUCUUGAAAACACAGAUUCUUCAGAUGCAGUUAAGCUCUGCUAUGAAUAGUCCUGAAACUCUGAAAACUCUGCAGUACAACCCUUUGCUUUACUACACCUACUAUGCCCAGAUGUUGAGUAAUCUACAAGCUCAACAAAAACUUCUCCAGUUCUCUUCCUCCAUCCCUCCCCUUCCCUCUCCAACCCUCCCCUCCCCCACCCUUCCCUCCCCCUCCCAAUCCAACAACAACGUGAAGGACUUCCUCUCCCUCGCCAGCCUAGUCGGGGCUAGGGAUACCAAGGAUUCUGGUGGUUACAGAUUUGAUACACGAUCACCAAUGUCCAACGACUCCCCAACAAACUUCAAAGAUUACGACGAGCCGAGAAAACGUGCACCGCGUGCGCUGACCGGAAGAUACGUGCGCACAGGCACAGCUGCAUCUCCGAAGGUUCUUCAGAUACUUCGAAAGAAAAUUGAAGAGAGGCUGAAAUUAAAAGAACUUCUCGGAGACUCAAACCAUCCAUACUUCCAAUCCUUCAAUAAAAAUUCGCAUUUUAAGAUUGGACAAAAAUUUUAACUUUGUUUCGUUUAUAUAAUUGUACAUUUGUAACUAUAAACUAUGGCACAAAUUUCCGUACCGAAACCGGCGGGAAUUUUGUCUAAAAAUGGCCGAAUAUCCAGUGAAAUUUUAACCAGGCAUUCCCGCGCUUUUAUUUGAAUUUUUCUUGUAUUUAUAUUUCAUAUACAGUAUUUCUUUAUUAUUCUUUCAAUUUGUUGCAUCCAGUGUUCAUGUCAGAAAAAAUGCCAAAAGUAAUGGAUCCAACCAAUACAAAUGAUAAUCUUUUUUCUUUGAUAAUAAACAAACUCAAAUAAAAUAGAUAUCUGUGAUAAUUAGAUAAAACGUUCUCGCGUUUUAUUGGUAUUUUAUCUUAUUUUGAUAAAAUACGAUUUUAGUGACAAUUAUUUAAUUCUUCCCAGUUGUUUACAUUUUCCCAGUUAAAUAGAGUUAUAUAUACAUAACGUAUUGUGUUAUUUUUCGUUGUAUAAUGUUUCAGUCGACCAUUUCAGACUGUGUAUUUAUAGAACAAUUUUUUGCC